AUGAACGGCACUGAAGGACCCAACUUCUACGUGCCCAUGUCCAACAAGACCGGGGUAGUGCGCAGCCCCUUCGAGUAUCCCCAGUACUACUUGGCUGAGCCGUGGAAAUACUCACUGGUGGCGGCGUACAUGCUCUUCCUCAUCAUCACAACCUUCCCCAUCAAUUUUUUGACACUUUAUGUGACGGUCAAGCACAAGAAGCUGAGGACGCCGCUCAACUACGUGCUGCUCAACUUGGCAGUUGCAGACCUUUUCAUGGUUUUGGGGGGCUUCACGGUCACUCUCUACACUUCACUGCACGGUUACUUCAGCUUGGGUGUCGCCGGUUGCAACGUGGAAGGAUUCUUCGCCACAUUGGGAGGAGAGGUGGCUCUGUGGUCGCUAGUGGUUUUGGCGGUGGAGCGCUAUGUGGUGGUGUGCAAGCCAAUGAGCAACUUCCGGUUCGGAGAGAAGCACGCCAUUUGCGGCCUGGGAGUCACGUGGAUCAUGGCUUUGACCUGUGCAGCGCCACCCCUAUUCGGAUGGUCACGGUACAUUCCCGAGGGCAUGCAAUGCUCAUGCGGCAUCGACUACUACACGCCCAAACCAGAGAUCAACAAUGCCUCAUUUGUCAUCUACAUGUUCAUCCUCCACUUUACCAUACCGCUCGCCAUCAUCUUCUUCUGCUACGGUCGCCUGCUUUGCACUGCAGCAGCACAGCAGCAGGAGUCAGAAAGCACCCAACGGGCCGAGAAGGAAGUGACGCGCAUGGUAAUAGUCAUGGUGAUCUCCUUUCUGGUGUGCUGGGUGCCGUAUGCCAGCGUGGCAUGGUACAUCUUCGCCAACCAGGGCGUGGAGUUUGGGCCUGUUUUCAUGACGGCACCUGCAUUUUUUGCCAAGAGCGCUGCCCUCUACAACCCCAUCAUCUACAUCCUGCUCAACAAACAGUUCCGGAACUGCAUGCUCACCACCGUGUGCUGGGGCAAGAACCCGUUCGGAGACGACGAUGCCUCGGCCGCUGCCGUUUCCAGGACGCAGACGUCAGCUGUUUCUUCCAGUCAGGUGGCCCCUGCUUGA